CUGAAGAAAAAGCUCCCAAAGAAUUUCCUCUGUCACUCUAGAAUGCAGUCCACUGAUAAAUAUUGAGCGAGAGCUAUCGAAAAAGGAAUUGCUAGAUUUCGAUGCUUUGGACAUGGUGGAAACCUCAAGAAAUUUAUAACGUGACGCUUUCUUCGAUUAUAGAUACACAAUAUACAAUCACAAAACAGGCCAAGUUCUGUGUGACUUUUGUGUGUGAGAGUUUAUAAUCCACAAGCCGAUAUAUUAUAUACUUCGAUCAUUAACACAGUCUUUUCCUACCACCAAUUCUGCUCAUAUAAAACUAAAAAUGUAAUGAAAAAUCCAUGAGCAUACAGCACAAACCCAAUGGCCUAAAACAUUGCGAGGAAGAGGUUUCCUGUGUUCAUACGAGGCAUUCAUCCAGAAGAGAUCUCACAGAAUCGAGGUUAAUGGAUAUUUGUUGUGAUGGUGAAAUUUUCUGUUUGCAAAAUUUCUUUAAAAGUAACAAUCUUUCAGCGAUUAAUUAUGUUGCCACAAGGACGACACCACUGAAAUGGCAAUGGGUAAAUUGGAAGGGAGUGAAAAGUCCCAAAGCAAGUCAAAAAAGAAGGAAAAAGAACUGCUUCCUACAAAGUUGGUGAUAAGGAGACUCCCAGCCUCACUUACAGAAGCAGACUUGAAAGAAAUCUUUGUUGGAAUUCCAGAGCAUGAUCACUUUAGAUUUGUGUCUCCUGAUUAUAGCCUCUAUCCACAUUCAUUUGCAAGAGCAUACAUAAAUUUCAAAAGAUUUGAGGAUGUAACUCUGUUCAGGAAUAAAUUUGAUGGCUUCAUUUUCAAUGCUGGAAAAGGAGAUGAAAGCAGUGCUGUUGUAGAGGUUGCACCAUUUCAAGCAAUUCCAAGAGAGAAUAGAAAAAGAAAGGAUGUAAAGAAUGGAUCAAUCACAAAAGAUCCAGACUAUGAAGCUUUCUUAGAAAAUCUAAGCAAAAAAGUAGAGCCAUUACCAAGUGCUGAAAUUUAUGUAGAGCAAAUGGAAUCAACCAAAGCUGCAGGCUCUAAGGAGAAAUCACAAACACCUCUUGUGGAAUUUUUGAACAAGAAAAAGGCUGCUAAAAAUGUUAGCAGACAGAAUGCUCUGGAAAACGAAAGAAGAAUGAGACGAGAAAAGGAAUCUGGCAGAGACUCAAAGUUUUCAAAUGAUGAUCGGUAUUCUGAAGAUUCAAAGAGAGACAAAAAAGAUGCAAACAGUGAAACAAAGGGAUCUCAGGAUAAAAGAGAAAACAAAAGAAAAGAAGAACGAAGGGAAAGACGAGGCAAUUCUGGAAAGAAAAACAGGCAUGACCAGCGUGAUCAGAAAGAUUCAAGGGAUCUCAAAUCUCGAAAGCAAGACGAUGAUGAUAAACCGCUAAGUGCCAGAUCUGAUACAUCGGGCAGAAGGAGCGAAGGUCGCAUAAACAAGAGAGAGGAUAGGCGCCAAAGUAAUGAAAGAAGAAAUCGAGAUGAGCGCAAGGAAGAUAAAAAUCAGAGAAGAGCAGAUGAUCAAAAGAAAACUUCAAGAACUGAGCAAAUGAAGCAGGAAGAGCAAAGACCGAGAAGGAAAUCAAUUGAGUACGAGGAUCCAAGCAUCGUUGCGUUUGGAAAAUCAGUCGAGACGAGCAAAGAAUAUGGCAAAAAAACACAAGGCAAUGAUGGAGUUAAAGGGAAAGAGGUUGCUGAUAAAUCGAAGGGGGAGGAGCAAGAUAAAUGGAAAAGCAAGGAACAUAGCAGAGGUAAUAAUCAAGUGGAUGACGGGGACAAGAAAGUAAAGAACAAGGAGAGGCCAGCAAUGGCCAUAUACCGACCUCCGGUAGCAAGGCAUGACAGAAACAAAGCGAAAGAUGACCGAUCUAGCCCAGACAAAGGGAGGGUCAAAUCUCCAACUGGUACUAAGUCUCCAGAAAAGAAGGAACGACCGCAAGAAAGAGGCUAUAAUAAAGACCGACCUCGUUCCUAUAACAAUGACAGAGAGUAUGACAGAGACCGUAACAAGGAGAAGGAAAGGCGAAAUAGGGAGCAGGAGCGUCGCGAAAGGGAACGAGAGAGGGAGCGAGAGAAAAGGAAAGAAAAAGAUCGAGCUAAAGAAGGGACCAUGAAAUGAAAAAGAGAAUUUGAACCGCCUUUGUGAAAGGGACGUCAGUAAUUGAAGAUGACAUGAAUUUCAAGACAUUGGAGAACGAUGGUUUCGCGUUUCUUCCCUCGUUGCUCUGGUUAUCAUGAAUUAAAAGAAAUUUCAUUAUUUAUAAAAUUUGGUUUGAUUCAUGCAAAUCUUAAGCCAGUUUGCUCUUCAAAGCUUCAGACUAGCCUUGGUAUCUCGUCUGUAGGUUUUAUUUGAUGUUAAGAGGAGAAAGCCGUCUCAUGAAUCUGUUGUGUUUUUGCAUCGGUCUGCUAUUGUUUUCAUUCUACGUAUGCACGAGACGCAUUUUUGUCUUUUACUCCAGAAUCUUUGAAAGUCUUUUGCAUAGUUCUCGCCAGGUGUUGAAAACUGCUUAUAUUAAAAAUUCUGACUUACCUUAUCCAACUAUGACAGCUCUCUGUUUCCUGAAAGAAAAACAGCGUUUUUUCAACUGCAUCUUGUUUGAAUAUAAGUUUACAGUACGCAAGGUACACCAUCUUUUGUAUGUC